GUUGGAUCGUCUGCCAGACGCGCAAGUGGAGAAGUGGGGGGAAAUGUGACGAGAUAUAAUAGAACUCGGCCCCCAUGAGAGUCAGAUGUAGUGUCAAACGAUCGCAACCAUGGCCCUUUUGACUCGAGCCUUCCUAGCUCUCAUAUUUGCGAUCGCUUUGGGCUUUUACAAGGCCUAUCUUCAUGAUGCGAUCGUGAUCAUAGCGGGAAUUGGUCGGGUCGUCCAACCCCUUGAGGAUUUCCCGAAAUAUCGCUGCGAACGCGUCAGACAUCCACUCUUAGAGAGCUGUGAGGACCUCUGGCUCGAUAACGCCAACCGAAAGCUCUAUGCUGCCUGCUCCAACCCGGCCGCUCGCAAGGCAUGGAGUCCCGGCGGAAGUAUGUACGACCUGGCCGCGCUGGAUGCAACCAGCGGGUGGGAUCACAUCAGCGUGCUGGACAUAGACCAGCCCGGUGCGGACGGACUGUACGGGCUUCGUACACUGGACUUUCAUGGGGGAGGAGCAAACAACCAGCGGUUAUACCUGCAUGGGUUCGACGUCCGCCCAAUCGACAACGGCCGCCGGCUGCGCUUCUGGCUGGUCAACCACCGGCUGCCCGUAGAUACAGUGACGGGAAAGAGGCUGCUCGAUGCGACCAAGAUAGGAGCCAAUUCCACCAUUGAGGUAUACGACCUUGACCUCCGCCAUUCCGAAGAGAGUAACCGACUGGAGCACGUCAAGACAAUCGUUAGCGAUGCGAUCAUUUCGCCCAACAACCUCGUAGUAGUAGAUGACGAGAGGGGAGGCUUUCUGGUCACCAAUGAUCAUGGCACGAAGGCCGGUCCCUUGCGCGACUUGAAAGCUUUCCUCGGUGACGGUAGCAUCGCCUACUGCAGUACUAAUACCGGAGAAUGCCAUCUUGCCACCACAGAUAAUUGCUUCCUUCCUAACGGCAUCACGAGAGAUCCGUCAUCGGGCCGUGUCUAUGUCGCACAUUCUUCCAAAGGCGCUGUCUCAGUUUAUCACCUCACGGAAGACAACAGGCUCGUUCAGAACGAAGAGAUUCCGCUGUCCAUUGUGGUCGACAAUCUGUCAAUCGACCCCGAGGGAAACGUUUUCGUUGGGGCGUUCCCAAGUAGCAUCCAAUUACACAAGGCAUUCAAUGAUCCUUAUCAUAAAACAGCACCGUCCGCGGUGCUAAUGAUACGAAAGAAAGACGGCGAGCAAAGCUUACCAGGUGAGGAAUACGAGGUUAUUAAAAUCAUCGAAGAUGCCGAGGGAAGGGUCCUGCCCACCACAACGACAGCUAUACAUGAUCCAAUCUCGGGUCGAUUAUUCCUGGGAGGGGUGACAUCGCCAUUUAUCGGGGUUUGCGAAAGACUUGAGUAGAAUGAAGUGCACAGAUACUAGGCCUGCUCUUUCACAAACAGUUAAUAUACGCGAAGCAGUAGUAACAGAUUGACUAGGCUUUGUACUAUGAUAUGACUUAUGA